CACCGGAUCAGCGUUCAACAUUAGGCAAAAUCAAACACAGCCCCAGUUUCGAGAUUGUAAAAUCUGUUUUACGAUGCAUGCCAUGUUGGUCUUUUAUUCCAGCUGACAGUUAAACGAGUGAAAUAACAAUGAGUCAGCGAGGAGGUCAAAGAGGAGGAGGUGCAAAAGGAAAUAAUGGAAAGCAACCUAGUAUGCAAAGAGGUGGAAAAGGACUUAAAAUCAAUCAAGGUCAAGGAAAACCUCCGGGGAAUCAAGCCAAAAAGCAAGGAGUCCCAAGAGGACCAAACACAAAUCAGCAUCUAGGAGGUCCAAGACUACCAAACCCCAUUCAAUUUCAAGAACAGUCUUGUGGAAGCCAACAAAGAUUUCCAAGAGGACCACACCCAAAUCACUUUCAAGGACAACCUCAUGGAAACCAAGAAGGAUGUCAAAGGAUACCAAACUUAAAUCAAUGUCAAGGGCAACCUUGUGGAAUGCAGCAAGGGGGUCCACGAGGACCAAACCCAAACCAGUUUCUAAGACAACCUCAAGGAAACCAACAAGGAGGUCCAAGAGGAUCAAACCCAAACCAGUUUCUAAGACAACCUCAAGGAAACCAACAAGGAGGUCCACAAAGACCAAAUCCAAACCAGUUUCCUGGACAACCUCAAGGAAACCAACAAGGAGGUCCAAACUGGUGUACUGGACAACCUCAAGGAAAACAAGGGGGUCAACGAGGACCAAAUCCAAACCAGUUUCCUGGACAACCUCAAGGAAACCAACAAGGAGGUCCACGAAGACAAAAUCCAAACCAGUGUCCUGCACAGCCUCAAGGAAACCAACAAGGUGGUCCAAAAAGACCAAAUCCAAACCAGUUUCUUGGACAACCUCAAGAAAACCAACAAGGAGGUCCACAUAGACCAAAUCCUAAUCAAUUUUCUGGACAACCUCAAGGAAACCAACAAAGAGGUCCAAAUCCUAAUCUAUUUUCUGGACAACCUCAAGGAAACCAACAAAGAGGUCCACGAAGACAAAAUCAAAACCAGUGUCCUGCACAGCCUCAAGGAAACCAACAAGGUGGUCCAAGAAGACCAAAUCCAAACCAGUUUCCUGGACAACAUCAAGGAAACCAACAAGGAGGUCCACAUAAACCAAAUCCUAAUCAAUUUCCUGGACAAUCUCAAGGAAACCAACAAGGAGGUCCACGAAGAUCAAAUUCGAACAUGUGUCCUGGACAACAUCAAGGAAAACAACAAGGAGGUCCAAAAAGACCAAUUCCAAACCAGUUUCCUGGACAACCUCAAGGAAACCAACAGGGAGAUGCACAAAGACCAAUUCCAAACCAGUUUCUACAACAACCUCAAGGAAACCAAUCAGGAGGUUCUAAUGGAAAGUGCCAAGAAGGUCCACAAAGACCAGUUCAAAAUCAAGGAGAACCUAAGCCAAAAAAGCAACGAUGUCCAACAAAAUCCGGUAGAAAGCACCCCAAUAUGCAGAAGAGUAUAAAUGAACCUACUCAAAACCCAUUUCAAAGCAAGUUUCAAGGAAAUCAAUCUAAAAUGAAUCAGUUUCCUGGUUUAAUGCAGCAAUUGUGCAACUUUACAACACAACAAACUCUACCAAAGUGCCAUAUUCAACAGUCAAAAAAAGUACAGCCACAAGUUCAAGUAAAAUAUGUAUACUUGCCAGUACCUGUUACUCAGUUGACACAGAACCCACCUCCUCAGGAGUCACAACCUCAAGUUUUGCUGUCUGGGCCUGUAUCACAGACAGGAAUCAAUAUACAAAAAGGUGAUGGUCAGCAAGAUCGUGAUAAUAACAGAUCUAAAGCUAGUUUAAGAAGACAACUCAGAAGAGUUCAUAGCCGUGGUGAUGGCAAAGAUAAAGUUGGUCAACAGGUACAUCAACAUGAUAAUGAGGAACAAAAUGGCAAAAUACCAGACGUGGAUGAUACUGAAGUAUUCAAAUUCUUGAUCAAAACUUUUGGCGGAGGAUGUAGUUAUGAAGACUUUUUAAGAAGGUGUGACCUUUUUCCUUUGAACUCCAAUAUCAUGCUGUGGUUCAGAAAACACAAUAGAAGAUUUCAUAUUUUCUGGGAUAAAAAAGAUAUUGUUUAUCUUCAACCAUUUUACAGAGAUGCCAAGAUUUGUGUCCAGUGGAACAGCAAGAAAAAUCCUGGGGAAUGUCAAAAUGCUCAUUGGGAUUAUUUUCACAUCUGUCGGCGCUUUAUUAGAGGCAACUGUAAAGAUAAAGAUUGUCCACUGUCUCAUAGUUUUAGAAGUCCCCACAAUUAUCGUUUGAAAAAUAAACUUGGAAUUGGCAAUUUUAGCGAUGAUGAAAUGAGAAUUGUCCUUAAUUGCAAUUCACCAUCAGUUUGUGCUGAUUAUAUUUACAACAAUGGUUGUAAGGUGGACAACCCAGAAAGAAGAUGUCCUCAUUUACACAUUUGUCGGCAGAAAAUAUUUGGUAAAUGUUCAGAUCCUUGCAAAUUUAAUAGAACACACACCAUUAAUCAGUUUCAUAAUAAAUGGGUUCUUACAUCAUGUCAUAUGAAAGGAUGGCCUCCUGCUAAAGUCUUCAUGGCUAUAUAUGUACCUCCUAGAGAAAAGAAAGAGAACGACAAUUAUUCAGAUGAUUCUGACCUCAGUCAAAAUGAAGACGAUCUUCAUGACAUUGAAGAGUCUAGCGUUUUUGAUUAUGACAGUGAUGUCUAUGUCAGCAGUGAAAGUCUUUCUAGUUCUGCAUUGGGUCCUGCAAAAAAUAAAAUUGUACAUUCAGUUGAAAACCUUAGUAUUAAUUACAACAAGGAAGGGACAAGGUCAAAGCAUGGUCGUAAAGAAAGGUUUAGAUCAUUGGAAAAUAUCACAUGUGGAAUUGUUGGUAAAGAUGAUCAAGAUUUAACAGAAAGUAGUGAUGAUUAUGAUGAUAAAGAUGAUUAUGGUGGUGGUAAUGUUGAUGAUGAUGAUGACUAUGGUGAUAGUAAAGUUGAUAAAGAUCAUUUUUGUGAUGGUAAUGUUGAUGAUGAUGAUGAUGAUGAUGAUUAUGGUGAUGGUAAUGAUGAUGGUGAUGAUGAUGAUUAUAGUGAUGGUAAUGAUGAGGAUUAUUAUGGUGAUAGGAAUGUUGAAAACGACCCUAGAGUGAAAGAAAUGAUAAUGACAGAAAACCAGAAUCAGGUUCAACAAGGAAAUGGUAAUGAUAAUGCGUUAGAUGAUGGUUGUGAUUUCGGCAAUAAUGAUGAUUAUCAGGAUAAUUACGAUGAAAACUAUGUCAAUGAUUAUCAUGAAAAUGAUGGCAAUGAUUACCACGACAAUGAUGGCAAUGAUUAUGAUGACAAUGAGGGUGGAGAUUAUUAUCAUGAUUAUGGUGAUUAUGAUUAUCAAAAUGAUGCUGAAGAUGAUGAUAAUGAGCUUGUUGAUGAUAAUGACCCAAGAGGUUAUGAUGAUGGUCAUGGGGAUGAUAACAAAAGAAUUGAGAAAGAGAAGUUAACUAUUGAAAAUAUUGAACAAGAUCAGCAAGACUGUGAGGAUGACAACAUCAAAAAGAGUCAACAGGAACGUAAUGAAGAUGUUGAUAGCAUCAAAGAAAAAGAGGAAGAAAUGAUGGAAAACUGGAAAGUUGAGAAACAAGACAAUGACAAAAACUCAAAAGAUGAGCAUCAAAAUUUGCUUGAUGAUGACGACAUUAAGGAGAAAGAGAGGAUUCAGAUGGAAAAAUGGAAAAAAGAACAGCAACAAAAUCAUGAUGAUGAUGACAAUAUUAUUGAAAGAGAGAGAUUGAUGAUGGAGCAGUGGAAACAACAACAGCAGGGAAGAAGUGUUCUACCAAACCAUACAGAUGUGAAAUCAGAGCCAGCGCCAUCCCCGUCUGAUCCAGAGUAUCAGGAAACUGACUUGUCCUUGUUGAAAGAUGAAACAGAAAAUACCAAAAUCUGUGUAUUUGUUUCGAAAGAUAAAUGUACAUCUGCAUCCUGUAAAAAACAUCACCUGCCGUGUGGCUUACCGUACUUGUGGCAGAUUAAGAUAUCCGGGAAAUGGUUUUCAUUUUCAUUGGCGGAAAAUGAAAAAAUAGAAAAAUCUUUCUGUGAUUUGCAAGAUGUUGCACCGACAGAAAUGAAAUGUGAAGACAACAAAUACAACUGUCAUAUUUGGUUCCAAAAGAUGCAUGCAGUUAUUUUAGAUGUGAAUGGAUUGCCAGCAGCUGAUGAUGACCAGUGGUCUACUGUCAGACGUCUGAGUACUCCAUCCUUUGCUGAAAAGAAAAUGACAGUCGACAGCUAUCUUACACAGUGGAGGUGGUAUUGGAAAGAUGAUGAUGAGUGGACUAUGUUCAACAAGGAUUUAUUCUUGUUCACACUUGAGAGGAAAUAUCAAACAAAGCAGAAGAGCUAUUUGUUUUCCAAGGAGAAUAAUUUCUUAAUGUACAAAAUAGAGUUUAUGAAAAUGAUACAGAUUAAUCUUGAAACAGAUAAAGUUAGAGAAAUUAUCAGACGUCCUUUGCUUGUUUCCAAAGAUGAUGUUCUGCAAGAAAAAUUUCUAGACAGUAUACCGUUCCCAUCUGCUAUGGGUACACCAAAGCCAGCACAUUUCUACAACUGGGACUGUUCACAUGAAUUUGAACCAAUAGAGCUAGAUGAGGCAGGGAAGGAGUACACAGAUGUAUUGAAGUCAAUACUAGAUUCUAUGGACCCUUCAAAGUUUGAUUUCAAAUUUAUUUAUAGAAUUCAGAACAGGAAAAUUUGGAGUGAAUACGACAUAAAGAAGAAGCAUAUGUUAACUGAUGCAGAACAAGAUGGUCAAGGUCAGAACAUUGACGAGAGAGAUUUAUUCCAUGGUACUGAUUCCUUAGAUACCUGCCAUGGUAUUUGUACAAAUAAUUUUGACUUCCGUACCAGUGGCCGCAAUGCUACUGUAUAUGGGGAAGGUUCCUACUUUGCUGUUCGUGCCAGAUUGAGUCAUAGUUAUACAAAAGCAGAUUCACCUACAGACAUGAGAUUUCUAUUCCGAGCCAAAGUUUUAGUUGGAAAGUUCACAGAGGGGAAUCCAUCCCUUCGACGACCUCCAGAAAUUCCUGGACAGGUUCAUAAGCUGUAUGAUUCAUGUGUGGACAAAGUUGAAGAUCCACAAAUCUUUGUUGUGUUUGAUAGGAAUCAGUGUUACCCAGAAUACAUCAUCAUGUACACAGACAAGGAACCAGUCAAAGUAGAGAAACCCAUGGUUCAACCCUUAGUGAAUCAACCCUUGGUUCAACCCUUAGUGAGUCAACCCUUGGUUCAACCCUUAGUGAAUCAACCCUUGGUUCAACCCUUAGUGAGUCAACCCUUGGUUCAACCCUUAGUGAAUCAACCCUUGGUUCAACCCUUAGUGAGUCAACCCUUGGUUCAACCCUUAGUGUAUCAACCCAUAGUUUAUCCACAUUGUACAGAAAGUCCAGCCUCACUACCUAUGCAUAUGGGAGGUCCAAUAGUUUAUCCUCAUCCAGUGGAUAGAUCAGCUACUCCCACAAUGCAAAGUUCCAUUGAGAAACCUGCUUCUAGAGAAGAAAAUUCCUCAGCCCAUCUAAAUAAGCAUUGUAAAAAAGAAAAGGAUGAAUGUGUUCUUCAGUAAUCUACAGCACAUGUAUGUCUUUCUCUAUAUACUUGAUAUAUAUAUAUAUUUAAGUUCAAAAACACAAUGUAUUUAUAUGUGAAAGGAGUUUGAAAGGUCAUACUUGCCAACUUUUCAAUAUCUCUAAUAGAAUAGAGAAUGCAUCUCUUCUACAUGUGACGUCAUAUAAGUGCUAUUAUCUAAUAAACUAUGGUUUUGAAUGAGUUUUUAUAUGCUAAAUUGCCAAAUAAAUCAUUGGUAUGCCUGUUUUGAGAUACAUGUAUUCAGUUUGUAUAACUAAGGAUUUCAAGAGUCAGGUCAACACCAUUCAUUGGGGAAAUACCCAUAAAUUUGGAAAGUUGGCAGGUAUGCAUUAAACAGGAAUGUUGUUGUGAAUGGACAAGUUUUUAAACAUUUACAAAUCAGUUUUGAAAUCAAAUAUUAUUGUCUUAUUUAUUUUAUUCUAUUGGUUGGUUGUUUAUAUAUAUAUUUAAGUUAAUAUUUAUUUGAAAGCUUUUUAAUGUUUAAGUUAGUGAGAUUUAUUAACAGUAAAAAGGAUGUGUAGUACAACAAUAUAGCUAUUGUUUAAAUUAGGAUCACUAUAGCUAUAUAUAUCUGCCAUAAGAACCAUUUAUUUUGAUGAAAUUAUUGUGCAUUUGGCAAUAAGCUAGUUAUCAAUAGCUUUUUUUAAAUCUCAUUGGUGAAAGUGAGAAUUUUGUUUUAAAAUAUGUUUGAUAGCAUGUUAGUAGCAGAAUUUAUUGGAAAAAUUCUUGAAAAGGGUUUGUCUAUAAGGAGUGACUUGGCGUCAACAAUAUAUCAGUUUGUGUUUAGAUCAGUUAAACAGGAACGACCAGUGUUAGGUUGUUUUUAUUUGGGUAAAGAUGCGCAAUUCAUUUCAGCAAAUUCAUUAUACAUAUACAUUUAAGUAUUGAAAAAUUACACAAUAAAAGUGGUGCUAAUAUGUCAAUUAUAAGGUGCAAUUAUUUAUAGAUAGUGUUCAGUGUUUUUGCAAUUUUAAGGAAAAAAUAUGUGUUAAGUUUAUACUAAGAGGCCAUAAUAAAAUAUUUUUACCUAGAUUGUAAAGUUUGGGAUAUUUAAAAUGUGUUCAAUCAGUUUUUCAAAUUUUGUGCGCAUAUAAUACAUGUAAUACUAUCAAUUUGUCUGUCAAAAGAUAUUAGUUCAAUUCUUGGUCAGAUAGCUUAUUUAUAAAUUCUUUUCAUGUUUUGUAAGAGUUGCCUCCCAUUUGGACAGGUUGUAAAUUUUUUGUUAAGCGAAUUUUCUUAUUUUGUCCUAAUUUUAUUAUUUAAAUAACUUAUUUGAAUAAAAAAUAUUUUCUAGUCCUAAACUAUUUAAUACUCAUAACUUUAAUUGUAAUUGUCAAUACUAUUUAAACAUUACUAUACUCUAGAACUCCAUAUACAAAUUUUGAGUUUGGUUUGCCAUUGCGGGAAACAAAACAUUGCCACAAUAGAAAACAUUAGUUCAACCAACACUAAAUUCAUGUUAGUCUUCAUAAUGUCUAGGAAAGGGAAACUGGAAAUGGGAAAGAAGUGUAAUUAAUGCGUUUGUCAAGACCAUUUGUUCCUCUUUGCUGUUUGUUUUUGUUUGUUCAUAUUUUACCCCAGGAGGGGUAGUUGGUGGUAUGUUUGUUUUGCUGCCUUAUAUUUAUUGCAAUUUAUGUUAUCUUUUAUUUUUAAAUUAGUUCAUGACACAAAAGCUUGUAAGUACAUGUUACAGAUUUCUUAUACGUACAUAUUGACACAAGUUUCUUAUUUGUUUAUAUUGACAUACAAUCUAAUGUCUUGUACGUACAUAUUGAUGCAGAAUCCUUAUAUAUUGACAAAAACCAAAGCAGAGGAAGAGCAUAUGUAUAACUUGUAUAACUGUUCUAAUAUCGGAGUCAUAUUGAGGCCUUUAACGACAGCAAAAGCUGACAUCUUUCUACAUGUUAUAUAAAAAGCCCCUGCCACCAGUUGGACAUGGUAGAAUUCUUUGUGCUAGAUGUCAAUUAGGCUGUGCAACAAAUCAAACAGAAGUUUGGUAGUAGCAAUAGAUUACAGACUAUAUUGGUUGAAAUAAGGCUAACAUUUGUUGUUAUGGGUGUAUUGUUGAUACAGUUAUCAUAUAGGUAUGGACUUUAUUGACACAAGUUUGCUUUCAAGAAGGACAACUCUUGCAAUAAAGUUAACUGAAUAGAAAAAAAAAUAGCUUGAUGAGAGUGAAAACAGGGAAUCAUAGGUCAUGAUUGACAAUUUAUGGGGAGAACACUGAAAAUAAAAUUCUUGAAUGAUUUGAUUCUUAUAAAGCAAGUUCCUUUCUGAGUUGUCCUAUUUUAUCUGUUUCUUUUUAAUUAAUGAAUCAGUCUUUAUAUUAAAACAUGGAGGAUGAUGUCCCUUUAAGAUAUAUUUUGAAAUAUAUUAGUUUGUGUUUACCAUCAGUGCUGUUUCAUUAUUAUCUGGAAUGCAGUUGUAUUAGCAUUGGCACAGCUCGUUUUAAUGGAGAUUAUUUUUUCGCUCCACCUCAGUCAUGGUCUAUUGACUUUGAAACUUUUGCAUAGUUUACGUGUUGAGUUUGUGUCAGUUUAAGAUGAGCCACUAAUGGGGAGUAAAUUAUAUUUUGUAUGCAGUUGUUAAGGUCAGUUAAAGGAGUUCAUCUGUAAAUUUGUCCAUACAUCCAAAUGACCUUCCUGUAUCGGGUUAAAUGUUUGGGUCAAGGUCAUUUACCAUUAGGUUAAGGUCAUCAAUUUGCAAUUUAGUACACAUGUUCAUGAUAAAGAUAUAUGCCAAAAUAGGGUUUUGAAUCAGAUUUUGCAGUUUAUGAAACUGUGGGUUGGGCAUGGUUGUCCUAUGGGCAUAUUCUUCAUGUUCUUGUUUAAAGAUGUUUUUGAGCAAACUUAAGUGUUGGUUGGACACAAAUCAUUGUUAUUUGCUUGUUGUUAUACACAUCAAUUUAGUGCAUAUGUUCAUGAUAAAGAUAUAUGCCAAAUUAUGGUUUUGAAUCAGAUUUUGCAGUUUAUGAUACUGUGGGUGAGGCAUGGUGUCCUAUGGACAUAUUCUUGUUUAAAGAUGUUUGUAGGCGAACCUAAGUGAAGGUUGGACACAAAUUAUUGUAAUUUGCUUGUUAUACACAUACACUAUUCUUAUACUAUGUAUAUGAUAGUUAAUAAUUGGUUUAUUUUAGCAUUUCUGUUAUUGUUUGUCAAUGCAUAAUGCCAAUUAAGUAUAGUGUAUUUACAUUCUUUUUUUACAUAUCUUUCAUUUUGUUAAAAUUAAUAUGUAUUAUUUUCUCUUUUUCUUUUGAGCAUAAUGCAGAAAUAGUGCUUACAAAAAUGUAUAUAUUUUUUUUUUUGUGAAUUGAUUUUUGUUUACUAGUCAGUAUAUUUGUGAUUUGCUAGUCCUUAUUUACAUGCAAUUUCCUAGUCCUAAUUUAAUGGUGAUUUGCUAGUCCUUAUUUAAUGGUGAUUUGCUAGUCCUUAUUUAAUGGUGAUUUGCUAGUCCUUAUUUGAUGGUGAUUUGCUAGUCCUCAUUUAAUGGUGAUUUCCUAGUCCUUGUUUAAUGGUGAUUUCCUAGUCCUAAUAUAAAUGUGAUUUGCUAGUCCUAAUUUAAUGGUUAUUUGUUAUUAUUAGCUGAAUUGUGAUGCAAUAUUAUAAAUUUAAUUGCAAUUUACAAGUCUUAGUUAAGGUGCAUUUGAUUAUGUUUAGUUUGAUUAUUUACAUUUAGAUAGAUCUGUAAUUGUUUUUUGCUUAUCAUAUCCUGUAUCAGCAUUGAUAUUUUGUUGAUAUUUUUUUAUUUAUUUAUGUAAAUUAUUUUCAGGUUUUUGUCAUGAUGAGAAUUAACUGUUAACAUGGUUAAUGUGGAUUAAUUUAUUUUCGUGGGUACCAAUUUCCUUGGAUUAAGGAAAAAUUGUAUUUUUGUGGAUAUUUGAUUUUAUGGUUUUACAAAAGUCUGCAUACAAGCUUUAAGCCUAUAGAAAAAUUUUACUUCUUUAAACAUUUAAAUGGUUCACAUAUACCAAUAAAAAACCACAAAAAUUGGUAUCUCACAAAUAAUGAAUAAUGAAUCUACAGUACUUAAAAUCCAUGGUUCUUUAGACCCUUGGUAAAAGUUCACCUUUGUCUAACAGUCAUUUUGGAAUACGACCAAUUAUUUUCACUGUAUUCUUUAUCUUGUUUAAGCGGUCGUCUCUCUAGCACAGUCAGAGUCAUUUAUAAUUUGACCAAAUUGCAGUUUCAACUCCUAAUAAUGGUCAUUUUGACCAGUCAUGGAAAUAACAUGAUAUCUUUAGUAUGCUAUAUCGCAUGAUGGGAUAUUUUUUCAUGUUUAAUAAUGGGAUUAAAUUAGUCGUUUAAUGAUAAAAAAUCUCACAGAAAAUCAAAAUUAAUUGUAUUUUUGAUGCAGUGUUCUCAUUGGGGCACACAUAUGCCUCAUGGCGGAAUGAUUUUCUGACUGGUCGUGCCAAAACUUAUGCAUCUGUAGAGCAAGUCCUUAUAACACAAAUUCCUGACAGUAUAUAUCGAAGUUAGGCACUAUCAGUGAACAGCAUCCUUAUAUUUAAAACCUGAAGAACAUGGAACUUAUUUUUCCCGAGCAUAUGUUUCAUAUCUUUCAUAGAAAUAAUUAUCAAAUUAUCAAAUUUGUGCUAACAAAUGGAUUUGAAUGGCUAUUUAAUCAAAAUGACAUUGUAAAUAGCACAUUGAAAACUGUGUAAACAAGCCUAGUUGAUUAAGAUGAUUAGAUAAUGCUAAUAAAAAUAAAUAUAUUAUACAUUAUUUUAACUGUAAUAAAGGGGUUGGUAGUUUUGACUCUGAUUUAAAGUAUAAGGAAAUAGUCAAGUAUAAGAUGAAAGAAAUUAAAAUAAGUAAUUUCUAAAUAUAUUCACCUUAAAAAAAACUAUCAAAUUGUAUUUGUAGAUUUUUAUAAAUUGCAUUUUAACUUAUGUCUUUUUUUAUAUGUCUAAGAAGCUUUCUCUACUAAGAACCUUAUUUUGAAGAAUGACAUUUUGUUUUAAAUUACUAUAAUCUAUCAUCACACUGGUUAAUUUCUUGUAUUGAUUAAAUUGUAUGCAAAAAUGACAAGUGCACUUAGUAGGUAUAUUGUUAUUCAAAAGCAAUGAUCGGGUUUCUUCAGUAGUAAAACUGUUCAAUAUGAAAUUGUAUGAAUGUAUUAGGCAGUUUAUUGAGUAGUAGUUCAAAAUUAUAAGAAUCAUGUAAAAUCUAAUUGUGCAAAAUACCUCACUAAAAGCUAUGCAUUUUUUUAUGUCAGUCAUUUGCAAUAAACAUGUUCAUGUAGAUGGCCGUGUAAUAUUUCCAUCUACAGCAUUUCAUAUAUCAGGAGAGAUAAUUGGAAUACAUUUUACAAAAGAUUCAAUAGAAUAUCAAGGAAAUGUCUCCCAAAGAAUGGGUUUAGUGAUGCAUUCUAUAGAAUAUGUAUCUCACUUUUUUAAGGGUCCAUUUGAAAAAUUAUAUUUGAACUUCGAUUUACUUGUAUAUCCUUAAUAAUGUAUAAUAUAUUCUUAAUAAGAUAUAGAAAAAAUCUUAUUUGUAGGGUUUUAACCCAUCAAUCAGAUUUUGCAUGAUUCUUUAAAGUAGUACUUUAAAAAUCAAAUCAAUCAAACAGAAAUAUAUUGCUAAGUUGUUAUCCUCUAUUCUUAUUUAUUGUGCAUUUACUUAAAGGUAAAAAAGACUGCAGGAGCUCAUUUUCACUACUUAUAAGAUAAAUAUAAAAUGACAAAAUAAUUUUGAGACUAAGAUAAAAGUUAGAAUGGCAAAAUGAUUUUGACAUUCAAAUACAAAAUGAAAUGACAAAAAUUCACUUCAUUACACAAGUUUGAAUUAAACCAGUCUUAUAUAUAUUUAUAAACAAGUCUAAAUUUGAAAACAACGUUCAAACCUAUGAUUGCGUUGGAUAAAAACCGCAAUUUUUAUACGUGUGCAUUCAAAACAAAUUUCUUGUUAGAGGGGUCUAAAUACAACACAAACAACAUUUUCCAAAAGACCAAAAAAGUGAAAAAGUAUAUUUUAACAAAACGCAUUUGACUUACAGGUCGAACAACAAAUGUUCUUAAACCCUGCUGACUGCCAUUGGCGAUUGCCAAAUAAACGGAUCACCGAUGUAAUAAAUUGAUCUUAAUUUUAAAUUUAAUACUAAGCAGAAAACAAUAAACUUGCGGAAAAGAUGAUAUACCACAAACAACAGGUGCAAAGGUUUUUGUACACCAUAUCCUGAUAUAUAUAUAUAUAUUGUUAUAAUGUUAUAAUUCAUUGUUAAUUAUCAAUAAAAUUUCAGCUUUA